ACUCUCGGCUCCCUCUUGGUGGAUUUUCAUAUCACCUUCCAAAGGCAACCCUUCUCUCUCUUCCAUUCAUCUCAUCAUCAUCUUUCUCCCAACAAAUUAAGGAAAUCUCUGGGCAAUUAUUUCAUCAGGAGCACCCUUGAUUGCUUUCAUAGGCUCUUGAGAAGAAGACAGCUCGGGAUUUGCAAAAAAAAAAAAAAAUUGAAAUUUGGGGUUGAUAAGAAAUUAAGAAGCCAUGGAUGCUAAUUCUUGGGCUACUCGUUUGUCUUCUGCCUCCAAGCGCUAUCAAUCUGCUCUUCAAUCUCGAUCUGGAUUGAAAUGGGAUGGCUUUGAUGCAGAAAUGCUCAUGGGCUUUGAGGAGAUUGACAUGGAUGAUGAUAUAAGAGAGGAAUAUCCAUGCCCUUUCUGUUCGGACUAUUUUGAUAUUGUGGGACUCUGUUGCCACAUUGAUGAUGAGCAUCCUAUAGAAGCCAAGAAUGGGGUAUGUCCAAUUUGUACGAUGAGGGUAGGUGUUGAUAUGGUAGCUCAUAUAACACUGCAACACGGGAAUAUUUUUAAGAUGCAGCGCAAGAGAAAAUCCCGAAAAUCUGGUUCACAUUCUACUCUUUCUUUGUUGAGGCGAGAGCUAAGAGAAGGGAACUUGCAGUCCCUUUUUGGAGGAUCUUCCUGCAUAGUUUCUUCAAGCAAUGCAGCCCCUGACCCGCUUUUGUCCUCAUUUAUUUUGCCAAUGGUUGAAGAUUAUGAAAGCGUGCCAUCACACUCUUCAGCUGAGACGACAACAACCAAGAAAAGCACAACUGAAUGCACUUCGGAGAGAAAGCCUCCAAUGUCGGUCAAAGAUCAGGAGGAGAAAACAAAGAGAAGCGACUUUGUCCAAGGGCUGCUGCUGUCGGUGAUGUUCGAUGAUAAUUCCUAAGUCAUAGGCGACUGCAGUUGUGUUGGGGUCGGCUGGAAGACGGGGCCGCCAAUUUGUGGCGACUAUAAAUGCAUUGGCAUGGAAAAUGGAAAGUGAAAUAAGUUUGUAGCAAUAAAUGUAAUGUAUGUUAUGUAGAGGUUAGUUUGUAGGUCUUGAAGAUUUAUCAUGUAUUUUUCUUGUGGUUUCUGGUUCAUGCUUUGGUGAAGGAGAUGAUGUACUUCUCGCAUUAUUAUC